AUGGAGCCAUCAUUUUCUGGUUUUCCUUUCCCUUUGGACUUGCCAACAUUUACGGAUACUGCUGAGUCUCUGACGCAAAACCUUCUCGAGGCUGAAUCAGCACUGAAAACCGCCAUCGAGACUGUACUUACCUGCCAGCCGAAAGAUGCCACGUUUGACAGCGCCAUUCUCCCAAUGGCUCUCGCCGAGGGUCCGUUGGCAAUUUGUGGUGGGCGAGCUGGGCUCCUGGAGGCUGCCUCGAGUGAUGCUCAACUGCGUCUCGAGGCAAGCAAAGCCCACAUGCGUUGCCGAAAGAUCUAUGAAUCAUGGUUUUCUCGAAAAGACAUAUUCCAGAGGAUCCAAGUAGUCUACAGCCAGCUACACAGCAUUAACUUGGAUGCGGAGUCAAAGAGGCUUACUGAAAAAUGGUAUCACAAUUUCGUGGGCGCGGGCUGCGAACUUGAUAUGGAAAACAGCGCCAAACUCACCAAGAUCAAGGAAGACAUUGCGCUUCGGCGUGCUGAUUUCAAUCGUGUCCUCAUCGAUAACAAGGACGUAAUCUGGUUGACUCGAGAAAAUCUCGCCGGCGUGACAUCAAGCGUGCUCAAUUCUUUUCAACGAAACAUGGACGAAACUUCCGGCGUUGAAACAUUCGGUGUUCCCCUCAAGCACUCCACGCAAAGAACAGUCUUGGCACAAGUACAUGACAGCUGUGUUCGAAAAGCGAUACUUCAGCAGUAUGAGCACUCGGUUUCAGCUGCUUUGGACCCAUUCGCCGACGUUAUACGACUGAGACUUCAGCAGGCGAGGCUUCUGGGUUCCAAAAGCUUUGCGACCAAGACUCUAGAGAGGAAGAUGGCUGGUGACCCCGCCAAUAUUGAAUCAUUCUUGACUCAACUCCAGGACGCUUUGAUGCCUUUGGGCCGGGAAGGACUACGAAACCUUGAAGGGAUCAAGCGAGCAGAGUCGCACGACGACGGUUCGGACGGGUUCUAUGUUUGGGACAAGGACUACUAUCAUGAAAAGCACCUGGAACGUUUAUACGAGGUGGACAACCGCCAGAUCUCUGAGUAUUUCCCAGUUGAACCUGUCCUCGGUGGGAUGCUUGAGAUAUUCGAGGAUGUCUUCGCAAUCAAAUUUUACGAGGUGGGCAAAAAUGUGUGCCAAAGGCUUGCUGUAGACCCAGCUACUCUGACCUGGCACAAAGAUGUCAAGAUGUUCACUGUCUGGGAACGGGAUGCCAAAAGCCAGAAUGAUUUCAUCGGGUACUUGUACACGGAUCUAUUCGCAAGACAGGGAAAGUAUUCAACAUGCGCAAACUUCAGCAUCCACCCGGGGUUUUCAGGCGUGAAUGGGGAACGGCAUCAAUGCGCGACCGCACUCUUGACAAAUUUUCCACCACCGUCUUCUGACAGGCCUUCGUUGCUACAGCACGCCAAUGUCAUUCAAAUGUUUCACGAACUGGGACACGGGAUGCAUGAUCUUCUCUCACGCACGCGGUAUGCAGGGCUGCACGGCCAUCGCUGCCCUUUUGACUUUGUUGAAAUGCCCAGCCAGAUGUUGGAGAACUGGUGCUGGACGCCCUCGCAAUUAUCCUCCUUCACCAAGCACUAUUCCUACAUUUCGGAGGAAUACGCCGAAAUCUGGAAAAAUGAGCACAACAAGGCAGAAUUGCCGGCAGAGAAGCUGCCGCUAGAAGUUGCCGAGAAAUUGGCCUCGACCCGUUUCGUAGAUGUUCUGGGGACCCUGAGGCAGAUUGUUCUCGCCAAAUUCGACAUGCUCAUUCAUGGGGAGAGCGAACUAUCAAUGGCAGAUAUGAAGCAGUGGUUUCACCAGAAAAGGGAAGAAAUUGGCUUGAUCCGCGCCAGUGAUACGGAAACAUUCGACUACGGACACUACUUUGCGACCACGGUACACUUUAUCGAGGGCUCGGCUUGCAACUACUACUCUUACCUCUUUUCCCAGGUCUAUUCGGCAGACAUCUUCCACAGUGCAUUCAAAGACAACCUCCGAGAUAGCGACGUAGGCAAGAGAUACAGGCGUCUUAUACUCCAACCGGGCGGAAGCCGGAAUCCAAUAGACAUGUUGAAGGAUUUUCUUGGACGGGAACCAAAGCAGGACGCCUUCUACCAUGACAUUGGCAUUCGCUCCUGA